UAUCUCUCUUUCCUGCUUCAUUUCCCUGUUUCUUCUUCUUAUUCUCCUCUCUCUCUCUCUCUCUCUCUCUCUCUCUCUCUAACCUCAGAUUCUGUUCUGCAAUCCUCUGCUUGUCAAUAAUUUCUCCAUUUUAAACAACGAUAAGGAAAGGAGCACAGCACCCUGAACUAUUAAUCUGCAUUUCGAACCGCUUCUUUCUCCGACGCUGUUUUUGAUCGGCGCCCAUCGGAUUUGAUGCCACCAUUGCAUUUCCAUUUUUGCCCCCUGCGUUUCUGUCAUCGCUGUUGCUACGCCCACACUCCAACUCUUCCGGAAAUUGGAUUCACCACUUUCCGUUAGGGUUUUAAUCAUCUCAGCUACUAUACUGUUAUUUUCAAAAUAUCAAGAUAAAAAAAGAGAAAAAAAAUCCGUACAUUUUUUAUUCAUUUACUUUUGUUUCGGUAUUUAUUGAUUACUGGCUUUUGCCCUUUUUGGGAUUUAGUUGAUAUUAGCUGUUGUGCACUGUGAUAUCCUGUUUGUGUUAAUUUGGAAACAUACCAAGAAUUGGAUAAGUCUUACUUUGCUGCUCCUGUUAUUGAGAGGGAACAGAAUUCCCGUGUUGUGUUGUUUGUUUUGCUCUAGUUCUAUCUCAUUAGCAAAAUUUCUACUCAUGAGUUGCCUCCGUUAGUGGUGUGGUAGUGUAUUGUUGGGUUGGGUUUUUAGGUUUAGAGGGAAGAGUUUUCAACGGGAAAGCUUAGGUUUGCAUGGGCGAGCAUGAGGGUUGUGGACAGCCACCAAGUGGGAUGUUGCCUAACGGCUUGCUGCCCAAUGAGGCCGCAUCGGUGAUUCGAGUGCUUGACAUGGAGCGAUGGUUGAAGGCUGAGGAAAGGACUGCAGAGCUAAUUGCCUGCAUCCAGCCGAAUCCGCCCUCCGAGGAGCGCCGCCAUGCAGUUGCAGAUUAUGUGCAGCGGCUGAUCAUGAAGUGCUUCCCUUGCCAGGUGUUCACCUUUGGGUCAGUACCCCUCAAAACUUAUUUACCUGAUGGAGAUAUUGAUCUGACAGCAUUCAGCAAGAACCAAAAUCUGAAGGAUGCGUGGGCACACCAGGUUCAUGACAUGCUCCAGAAUGAGGAAAAGGAUGAAAAUGCAGAGUUUCAUGUCAAAGAGGUUCAGUACAUCCAGGCGGAAGUGAAGAUUAUAAAGUGUCUUGUUGAGAAUAUUGUGGUGGACAUUUCAUUUAACCAACUUGGAGGAUUGUGCACCCUUUGUUUUCUUGAGGAGGUUGAUAAUUUGAUUAACCAAAACCAUUUAUUCAAGCGUAGCAUUAUACUUAUAAAAGCCUGGUGUUACUACGAGAGUCGUAUACUUGGUGCCCACCAUGGACUUAUCUCAACUUACGCAUUAGAAACUUUGGUUCUUUACAUAUUUCAUGUUUUCAACAAUUCCUUUGCUGGACCUCUUGAGGUGCUGUAUAGGUUUUUGGAGUUCUUUAGUAAGUUUGAUUGGGACAAUUUCUGUGUAAGUCUAUGGGGUCCUGUACCCAUCGGUUCACUUCCAGAUGUGACAGCUGAACCUCCUCGGAAAGAUGGUGGAGAUUUAUUGCUCAGCAAGUUAUUUCUUGAUGCCUGCAGUUCAGUUUAUGCUGUUUUCCCUGCUGGCCAAGAAAAUCAGGGGCAACCAUUUACAUCCAAGCAUUUCAAUGUUAUUGAUCCUUUGCGUGUCAACAAUAACCUUGGGCGUAGUGUCAGCAAAGGAAAUUUCUUUAGAAUUCGCAGUGCUUUUGCAUUUGGGGCCAAAAGGCUUGCUAGAUUGCUUGAUUGCCCGAAGGAGGAUUUGUUUUUAGAAGUUAAUCAAUUCUUUAUGAACACUUGGGUCAGACAUGGAACUGGGCAGCGACCUGAUGCUUUGAGCCAUGACUUAUGGCGUUUGACAUCAUCUAGUCAUGACCAAUCACACGGGUCUGACAAUCUCCAGAAAAAUAACAAUAAAACUGAGAAUACCUGUAAUCAUGAAUUUCAAGUUAAAGGGGUGCAUGCUUCACAGAGUGUUCUAUCUCAACACAGUAUACUGUCCUCUAAAAGUUUAUCUAAGAGUAGUGGUGAUUCUAAAGCUAACCAAAAUAAUGCAAGGAAUUUUGAUCAGGUCAAAAGGGAAGCUAACUGCAAUCAAGGUGCUCGGGUUGAUAAAGGACAGAGAAAUGCUAAACCAAGUAACGCAUUCAAUGAUGUCCCAGGAAGACUUUUAUUUGCAAGAACAUGUUCUAGUCCUGAGUUGACAGACUCUUAUGGUGAAAUUCCUAGGCAAGGAAGACAUGCAAAAGCCCCAGAAAGUGGGAAAGGACCAGCAUCCUCUGCAACGUUGGAGAAUAGUCACAGGAAGCAUCUUGGUUCUGACAUGCCUGCUAGUUAUGCUGUUAGAAUUGAUGAUUCAUCUGGUAGGAAAAUAAUAUCACAUCAGGUUCUUGACAGCAGUGCUGAUUCAAACAAUGGCUCAAAUAGUUAUGAUAAUGAAUCUGGCCACGGCAUUGUGGGUGAAGAGUUUGCUUCUGUUUCUGGAGUAGGUGGAACACAUAUGAUGCAUCAGGAGGAGCAGGACCUUUUGAACAUGAUGACAUCAACCGCAACUGAAGGUUUCAGUGGUCAGAAUCAAAUACCAGUGAAUUUAGCUCCAGGUCACAUACCACUUCCACUUUCCCCUUCCAUUCUUGCAUCAAUGGGAUAUGCUCAUAGGAACAUGGGUAACAUUCCCUUAAUUGAGUCCUUCAAUUGGGGUAAUAAUGUGCAAUUUCCCCAAGGUUUAGUCCCUUCCCCCUGGACUCCAUAUUUUCCUGGCAUAGGAUUGACCUCAAAUCCUGAAGAUUUAAGCGAAACUGGUAAUGAGAAUUUCAAUUCUGUUGAAAUGAGUCCAGCAGAAGCUGAUAAAGAUUUCUGGCAUGAGCAAGAAAGGGCUGGUGCUAGGGGGAUUGACGUUGAUAAUGGUAAUUUUGAAAUGGUUCCAGAUGAUAAGCGACAGUCAAGUUCUGGUGGUUAUAACUUUAUACCAUCAUCUCAUGUUGGCAGCUCUAGUAAUUCUGCCACACAGCCAACAUUUACUAAAGAAAAUCGAGUUUCUAUAAGAGAAGAGCACAUUGAUAGUCCUAAAUAUCAAGAUGGCCGAGGAAAUGGUCCAUAUUUUGAUGAAAGGAUUGCAAAUUCUUGGUUGCCCAGUGAACCAUCCUCAAGCUCAUUCAGGAGUAAGACGUCUUCAGAAAGCUCUUGGGAGGGACCGUCUGCCAAAUCUUCAAAAUCAACUAGGGAAAAAAGAGGGAAGAAAAAUACUUCCUCACUGCCAUCAGCUGCUUAUGGUAAGGGCAAGAAUGUCUCAGAUAUUUCCUCUAAUCUUGUGGAUGAUGAAAACAGACAACGGGCACCUCUGUCAACUACAGCAUCUGAUAUGUCAGAUAGAAGCACUGGGCUGCUCGCUGUUGCCCCUGUGCAUGUUCCAAGGCAACCGGUGUCCGGUUCUGAAGUGGUUCGAACAAGUGGAUCAGAUUCUGUGUUACCCAUGGCUCCAGUGCUUAUAAGUCAUGGUUCUCGCCAAAGAACAGGGGAUAAUUCUGGGGUUGUUCCAUUGGCGUUCUAUCCCACAGGGCCACCAGUACCAUUUGUUACCAUGCUUCCAUUAUAUAAUUUUCCCACUACUCAAUCCUCUCACACACCAACAAGCAAUUUCCAUGUGGAAGAUGCAGAUAACAAUGACCGUGGUCAGAGUUUUGAUUCAUCUGAGGUGCAUGAUCUGCCUGAGGUGUUGAGCUCUUCCAAUUCUAUGGGAAGAGCUGCUAUUGACACAGUAGAGCCCACGCUUGACAUUCUUAAUGGUGACUUUGUUAGCCAUUGGAAAAAUUUGCAGUAUGGGCGAAUUUGUCAAAAUUCACGCCAACCUGAUUCUAUUAACUAUCCUUCAUCUGUUGUGGUACCUCCUGUUUAUUUGCAGAGUCGUUUUCCCUGGGAUGGUCCUGGAAGACCACAGUCAGCUAAUGUGAAUCUUUUCACUCAGCUUAUGAACUAUGGGCCACAUCUAGUGCCUGUUGCACCUCUCCAUUCAGUUUCCAACAGACCAGCCAAUAUUUACCAACGAUUCAUAGAUGACAUACCACGGCAUCGAAGUGGGACAGGAACCUACCUGCCAAAUCCUAAGGUUUCUGUUCGGGAUAGACAUUCUACAAGCACCAGAAGGGGUAAUAACAACUAUGACAGAAGUGAUCAGCAUGGUGAGAGAGAAGGGAAUUGGAAUGUUAACUCAAAGUUGAGAACAAGUGGGCGUAACCAUUACCGCAGUCAAGCUGAGAGAUCAAGCUCAAGGCCGGAAAAGUUGCCAACAGGUGAGAGCCAUUCUGAAAGAUCGUGGGGUUCACAUAGACCUGAUUCUUUUGUUUCACACCAGAGUGGUCCUGUCCAGUUAAAUACCUCGCAGAACAGUCUAUCCAAUUUGGCUUAUGGAAUGUACUCUCUACCGGGCUUGCGCCCCAGUGGGAUAUCAUCAAAUGGACCAACAAUUCCACCUGUUGUAAUGUGGUAUUCAUACGAUCAUAAUGCUGGCUACGGCACACCAGCAGAACAGCUCGAAUUUGGAACUCUAGGACCUAUGGGUUUCCCUGGUGUCAAUGAAGUAUCGCUGAUCAAUGAGGGAAGCCAAUCUGGUGGAGCUUUUGAGGAGCAAAGGUUUAAUGGUGGCACUGCCCAACAAUCGUCACCUGAUCAACCUGCUUCACCCAAGUUCCGAAGGGGGCUUUGAUUCUAUUGCCAGAUCAGUGGUCAGGUGGAAUCAUUAACCUAAAGAGGAGGAGGUUUAUCUUCCCUCGCAUAUCAAGGCAGCCAGGCGGGGAAUGAGUGGGGAAAACUUUUAUGUAAAACCCACCUAUUUUCAUUCAACGGGUUAUUUUUUGCACCCCACACUUCAAAAGCAGAUUACUUUUUGCUCUUCCUCUGAAUCUUGUUUCUCGAGAAUGCCCCUCGUUUAUGCCCUGCCUCGUGUACACUUACAGGUGAUCAACCCACCUUGUUUACAUUUUUUCAUCGAAGAUUUGAAUUUUGUUUAGGAUGAGGAACAGUAGUAGUAAAGAUGAUGCAAUACUCGGUGAUUAGUUUUCAUUUAAGGUUUGGACAUGCUUCAGAAAUAUCACAAAAACUGGGUUAGGUUCAGAAUUCAGAAAUAUCACCGUGUUAGCAGUUUUGUCAGCUUCUCAUACAGUGUUGUAGUGUAGGUCCUCCCUCUGGUAGAUAUAGUCUUUAACUUUUGAAAAGUAUUAACUGUGUAACAAUAACAAUAUGAAAAUGAUAUUAGAUGUCAUUUUUA